AUGCGCAAGGCGCACGUGCAGUUUACCACCGACACGAGUCACGACGACACGACCCUCCGCCAGAUCUUCGACUCCAGCCCAGCGUGGCGGGACUUCUCCAGAUCCUCCAGAGGCAAACCGCGCGUCGGCCUCUUCCGUAAUGCCUACCUCACCGAACCUCAAGGCUUCCUCGCCUUCGCCAGGGUCUCGCUGGCACGUGCCCAGACCAUCGUCGACAAGGUCCUCCACGCGAGCUCGCUAUCCGAGUACCAAGAGAUGGUUCGCGACAUGGACAGGUUAUCAGAUCUCCUGUGCAGAGUUAUCGACCUCUCCGACUUUGUGCGCGUCACACAUCCGGACCGCCAGAUGCAGUCGGCGGCAUCAGAGGCCUGGGGCAUCGUAUACCAGUACAUGAACCAGUUGAACACAACGACGGGGCUGAACGAGCAGCUGGGGCGGGCGAUGGAGAACCCAGAGGUGACGGCUGCCUGGACCGAGGAGGAGAAGGCUGUCGCCGAGAUCCUGAGGCUGGACUUCACCAAGUCGGCGGUCAACCUGCCGCAGGACGCACGCGACAGGUUCGUCGAGCUGUCGUCCAGGAUAGGAGACGUCGGCCAGCAGUUCGUCGAGGGGAUGGCCCCCGAGCAACCAUUCUUGAACCUCCCCAGCAUCAACUUCCAGGGGGUGGAGCCGAGGUUCGCGCAGAAGCUGUCCAGACGUGGCCAGAUCCACCUGCCCACGCUGAGCCCAGAGGCUUCGUACGCACUGCGCAUGGUGCACCACGAGCAGACGCGCAAGUCCAUCUUUAUGGCAUCGCGGACGGCCUCGAAGGAGUCUGUCCAGCGCCUCGAGGAGCUGCUCAGGCUGCGGGCGGAGCUGGCGGAUCUGUCAGGGUUCGAGAGCUACGGGCACAUGGCACUGCGCGACAGGAUGAUGGCCAAGACGCCCGAGGCUGUCCAGGGGUUCCUGCGGGCCCUGAACAAUAACAAUGCCCCGGUGGUACAGCGCGAGAUGCAGAACCUGCUAGCGAUGAAACGGACCAACACAGCCUCCUCGGGUCCCGUCAGGCCCUGGGACAAGGACUACUAUAUGAACAGGAUCCGCGAGGCCGUGAGGUCCAAGUUACGACGGGAUGACUUCUUGUCUGCCUACUUCUCGCUGGGAACCGUCAUGCAGGGCCUCUCGCGGCUCUUCACACGGCUGUACGGGAUCCGCUUCGUGCCGCAGGAGACGAUGCCAGGCGAGACCUGGCACCCCGACGUGCGACGGCUGGACGUCGUCUCAGAUACAGACGGACACGUCGCGGUCCUGUACUGUGAUCUCUUCUACCGGGCAGACAAGUCACCUAACCCGGCACACUUUACGGUGCGGUGCUCACGAGAGAUCGAGGGGCGUGAGCUUGAGGAGGCUGAGUCUGCACUCCUGCAGGCCGCAGCAGCGCAGCACCCCGGCUUCGCCUCCCCAGAGGAAGCAGCCAACGACGGCAUGGCCAUGGCGCGAGGUAGAGAUGGCUCCCUGAAGCAGCUGCCGACGAUUGCGCUCGUGUGCGACUUCCCGCAGGGCAACGGCGCGGGAGACAAGCCUGCCUUCCUGACAUAUGGACAGGUAGAGACGCUCUUCCACGAGAUGGGCCACGCCAUCCACAGCAUCCUGGCGCGGACGUCCCUGCAGAACGUGUCGGGCACCCGCUGCGCGACCGACCUGGCGGAGCUGCCGUCGACGCUGAUGGAGCACUUUUGUGCGGACCCCGAGGUCCUGCGCCUCUUUGCGCGGCACUACGAGACGGACGAGCCGCUCAACUACGACAUGGUGGUUCAGCAGCUGCGGCAGUCGAGGCUGUUUGAGGGCAUGGACAACGAGAACCAGAUCCUGCUGGCGAUGCUGGACCAGUCGUACCACUCAGGACAGGUCAGGGCGGCUGACUUUGACUCGUCACACAUGUACUGGAAUAUCCAGGACACAUAUGGCCACACGCCUGCCGACCCGCCGAACACCAGCUGGCAGGGCUUCUUUGGUCACCUGUUCGGCUACGGGAGUACGUACUACAGCUACCUGUUUGACCGCGUGCUGGCCGAGAGGGUGUGGGAGAAGGUGUUUUCAACAGGCCGGGGCGGGGCGGCCGUGAGCCGGGAGAACGGAGAGCAGCUGAAGGAGAACUUGCUCAGGUGGGGUGGCAGCAGAGACCCGUGGAGGUGUCUGGCCGACACCCUCCGCGACGACGGGCUCGCGCGCGGUGAUGCGAAGGCCAUGGCCUUGGUCGGCAGCUGGGGUACAGGAGCCACCCUGAGGGGGUAG